AUGGACUCAAGUGAAGAUGAAAGUAGUGGAACACCAAGUAUUUUAGCUGACGAUGCAUCUGAAGAUGAAUAUUUGCCAUCAUUCUCAGAAGUAUCCAGUGAAGAAGACGUAGAUGAUCCCAAUUCGUUGAUGACCGCCAUAGAUGACGGCAAUGAAGCAGCUGUGGAAGGGAGACCCAAUACAUCUGAUAGUGAUGAAGCAGAGGCAACUGCAGAAAGAAGACCAAAAAGAACCAGGAAAAGACAAAGAAAGGAAUGGAAACGAGAAGAAAGGAAGAGGAAACGAAAUUGUGGGAAAUCUUACGUCACCAGGAAGGGUAAAAUCAUUGCAGAGAAACGAUUUAGCAAUCUCGAUUGUAAAUGCAGAAAACAUUGCUUUGAUAAAAUAACAGAGCAGGAUCGAAAGAAAAUAUUUGAGUCAUUUUGGAAAAUAGGGACACGCUCUGCUCAAAACGCAUUCAUUUGUGGUCUGGUAAAACAAGUAGUGCCAGAACGUCAUCGACCUACCACCGGUAAUAAGAAUAGAAGAAGUUCUUCAAAUAAGUUUUAUUUGACUGUUGAUGGAACAAGCAAACAGGUUUGUAAGAAGUAUUUUUUAGAAACCCUUAAAAUAUCUGAUGGGAGAAUGACGAGAGCCUUACUGAAGUUGAAAAUUGGCGAGCCUCCAGGAGAUAAUAAACGGGGUAAGAAGGUGCCUGCAAACAAAACCCCAAAUGAUAAAAUUGCACAAGUACACAAGAGAGGCCAAAAGGUGCCCUCAAAAAUCUACAUGACAGAUCUGCUGCCAUACAUCCCUCCAAUACACCACACUUAUUUCCAGAGGCUUGUCACUAGCGAGAAUGCUGAAGAUGUUGGCCCACUUCAGGAAGAAGAUGAAGAAAAUGACAAUGAGUAA